AUGGAUUUACAUCGUUAUCCCCUUGAUAUUCAAGACUGCGUAUUUAAAAUUGGUUUGUGUAUUCCCGCUCUAUUAUGCAAUUUUUUAGUAAAAAAUACAGCAGAAAAGGUACGCCUGGAAUGGUGUGAUGUUGACAGUAGUCCAUGUAAUUACAGUUAUGUGUAUGCGAAAUUUACUUUCAUUCGGCGUUUAACGGGUAGUAUACUCAAUGUUUACUUGCCAAGUACUGUAGUAGUAACCCUGUCCUGGCUAUCAUUCUGGUUAGAUGUGAAUGCAGUUCCCGCUCGUGUUACGCUCGGGGUUACCUCACUUCUUACCAUCAUCACUCAAAUGCUGCAGUCUAGAUCGUACACUCCGCCAGUGGACUAUGUAAAAGCUGUGGAUAUUUGGCUGCUCGCUUGUAUGUUUUUCAUCACAGCUUCGUUGAUAGAAUACGCAUUUGCUCACCAAUAUGUGGAAUUUAAAGAAAAAUGUAAUUCCCCACGUCCAGUUAAGAAAAAUGGAAAAUGGGCUGAGAAACGUAAAAAUUCUAAAGAGAAAAUUGAAAAAGUAAAAGGAAAACUUUGUGGUAUUUGGAAAAUUUUCAAGAUGCAAACCACCCUGAAUGGUCCUGAUUAUUAUUCUCGAAUUUUAUUUCCAACGGUACAGAUCGUAGGAAAAAUAUUUUCCAGAAGUCACCUCCCAACUAUUCAGGUGAUAUGUUGA